ACCCUUUUCAGGAUUUGCAAAGGGGGCUAACUCUCCAAAUGUUACUACAACAGGAUCAGAGGUAGACUGAAGGAAUCCGCUCGCCACUUUCCUCCGCUUUAAAACGAGUUACGAGCUAUAGCCGGACGAAUGAAGACCGAAGGAUCUAUACGGAUUCGAGCGCAUAAUGUUGUGUUGGAGCUGGAAGACUUUUGCUCAGCGAAAGACUAGAGAAGAUUCUUUCAAGUUUAACCUGGUUGAUGCGCGCGACCUGUUUGUUGGAUUAUUGUUAUUAUCGCCUCUACCUAACGCGCGGCGUUUGUCUUUUAACUUUCGUCAGCGCUUCUUCUUCUUUCUCUCGUUUGGACUAUGGCCUCGGAUCCCAAAGACCCGGGGGCCGGUGGUGUUUUUGGAGAUUUACCCCCGAGUUACACGCGCUCUACGCCGCCUGUGAACUCUGAUCUCCUCCGGAGACCCAGUUACUGCCACGCUGCUUUUGCCUUAAAACAGAUUUCCAAGGGGAAAGCUGUGGGACAGAAAGCACCGCUGUGGAUUCGGGCGAGGUUCCAGGCUUUUCUCUUUUCUCUGGGAUGUCACAUCCAACGACACUGUGGAAAAGUCCUUUUCAUUGGACUGCUUGUGUUCGGAGCCUUGUCUGUUGGUUUGCGAGUCGCUGCCAUUGAAACGGACAUUGAGAAACUAUGGGUGGAAGCUGGCAGUCGGGUGAGCAAGGAGCUACGCUACACAAAGGAGAAGCAGGGAGAGGAGUCAGUUUUCACCUCACAGAUGCUCAUACAGACACCCAAACAGGAAGGAACCAAUAUUCUUACCCAGGAGGCUUUGCUGCUCCACUUGGAGGCUGCUUUGGCAGCCAGCAAAGUCCAGGUGUCUCUUUACGGAAAAUCUUGGGAUCUUAAUAAAAUUUGCUUCAAAUCCGGAGUCCCAAUUAUAGAAAACAUCAUGAUUGAAAGGAUUAUUGACAAGCUUUUUCCCUGUAUGAUCGUGACUCCACUGGACUGCUUUUGGGAAGGCUCCAAAUUGCAAGGAGGCUCGGCCUAUUUACCGGGUAUGCCUGACAUUCAGUGGAUGAAUCUGGACCCUCUCAAGCUAAUGGAGGAGUUAAGCCAGUUUACACCUCUAGAGGGCUUCCGAGAGAUGCUGGAUAAGGCUCAGGUGGGCCAUGCCUAUAUGAACCGGCCUUGCCUGGAUCCCAAUGAUACAGACUGCCCUCACAGUGCCCCUAAUAAAGACCCGCGGCAGGUCCCUGACAUUGCUGUGGAACUUCAGGGUGGUUGCCAUGGUUUCUCCGAGAAGUUCAUGCACUGGCAGGAGGAGUUGAUCCUGGGUGAAAGAGUAAAGAAUUCCCAGAAUGCCUUGAAGAGUGCGGAGGCCCUUCAGACCAUGUUCCUCCUUAUGAGUCCCAAACAGCUCUAUGAGCACUUUACAGAUGACUAUGAGAUCCAUGACAUCAACUGGAACGAGGACAAGGCCACUGCCAUCCUGGAGUCCUGGCAGAGAAAGUUUGUUGAGGUCGUCCAUGGGAGUAUUCCUCAUAACUCUUCCUCUAAUAUUUAUGCCUUCUCUACCACUACUCUUAAUGACAUCAUGAAGUCUUUCUCCGACGUCAGCGUAAUCAGGGUGGCAGGUGGUUAUCUGCUCAUGCUGGCAUACGCAUGUGUGACCAUGUUGCGUUGGGACUGCGCUAAGUCCCAGGGUGCUGUAGGGCUGGCAGGAGUUCUGCUGGUCGCUCUGUCUGUGGCUGCAGGGCUUGGAUUGUGCUCACUGCUGGGGUUGUCCUUCAAUGCUGCCACCACACAGGUGCUGCCGUUCCUGGCCCUGGGCAUUGGAGUGGAUGACAUGUUCUUGCUGGCUCAUUCCUUCACUGAGACCAGAGCCAACAUCCCAUUCAAGGAGAGGACCGGUGACUGCCUGAGAAGAACUGGCACCAGUGUGGCUCUCACCUCCAUCAAUAACAUGAUUGCAUUCUUCAUGGCUGCCUUGGUGCCCAUUCCAGCUCUCCGCGCUUUCUCACUUCAGGCGGCUAUUGUGGUGGUCUUUAACUUUGCCAUGGUUUUGCUCAUCUUCCCUGCCAUUCUGAGCUUGGACCUUCACAGACGGGAGGUCAAAAGACUGGACAUCCUGUGCUGUUUCUACAGCCCCUGUUCAUCUCGGGUGAUCCAGAUCCAGCCUCAGGAGUUUGCAGACGCCAAUGACAACCACCAGCACGUACCCUCCACCCCCACCUACACUGGCUCCACUAUCACCACCAGCACCCACAUCACAACCACUGUCCAAGCCUUCACCCAGUGUGAUGCAGCUGGCCAGCAUAUUGUCACCAUCCUGCCUCCCACCUCCCAGAUUUCCACUAGCCAUCCAUUCAUGGUUGUCUCCACCCCCACCACUGAUCCUUAUGGCUCACAGCUGUUCACCACCUCCAGCUCCACUCGAAACCUUCUAGCCCAGGUGGAGGAGCCCAAAGAGGUUCGCGAGUGCGUGCCUCUGCCUUUCUUUCGUUGGAACCUGUCAAGAUUUGCACGGGAAAAGUAUGCCCCUCUGUUGCUCAAGCCUGAGACCAAGACUGUGGUGGUCAUUGUUUUUGUGGCUCUUCUGAGCCUCAGCCUCUAUGGUACCACAAUGGUUCAUGAUGGACUCUACUUGACUGACAUUGUCCCCAGAGACACAAAGGAGUUUGACUUCAUUACAGCUCAGUUUAAAUACUUCUCCUUCUACAACAUGUACCUGGUUACCAUGGAUGGCUUUGACUAUGCUCGUUCCCAACGGCAGCUGCUAAAACUUCACAAUGCCUUCAACUUUGUGAAAAAUGUGGUUAAGGACAGCAAUCACAAACUUCCCAGAAUGUGGUUGCACUACUUCCAGGAUUGGCUCAGAGGUCUGCAGGCUACAUUUGAUGCUGAUUGGGAAGCUGGUAGGAUAACAUUUGACAACUAUCGCAAUGGUACAGAAGAUGGAGCACUGGCCUACAAGCUUCUCAUACAGACUGGCUCCAAGAAAGACCCUUUCAACUACAACAAGCUUACAACCCAUCGCCUGGUGGAUGAGGAUGGUAUCAUCCCCCCUGAGGUUUUCUACAUCUACCUGACAGUUUGGGUCAGUAAUGACCCACUGGGGUACGCAGCCUCCCAGGCCAACUUUUACCCCCGCCCACGGGAGUGGAUGCAUGAUAAGUAUGACACCACCGGGGAGAACCUUCGCAUCCCUGCGGCAGAGCCUCUAGAGUUUGCCCAGUUCCCUUUUUACCUGAAUGGCCUCAGACAAGCUUCAGACUUCAUUGAAGCCAUUGAGAGCGUGCGCUCCAUCUGUGAGGAGUUCACGCGUCAGGGAAUCCAGAACUAUCCCAACGGUUACCCUUUCCUGUUUUGGGAACAGUACAUUGGCCUGAGACACUGGUUCUUGCUGUCCAUCAGCGUGGUGCUGGCCUGCACAUUCCUGGUGUGCGCCAUCCUCUUGCUCAACCCCUGGACAGCAGGCAUCAUUGUUUUUAUUUUGGCCAUGAUGACAGUGGAACUCUUCGGCAUUAUGGGCCUGAUUGGUAUCAAGCUGAGUGCCAUUCCAGUGGUCAUCCUCAUUGCCUCCGUUGGUAUUGGAGUGGAGUUUACUGUGCAUAUUGCACUUGGUUUCCUGACUGCCACUGGUAACAGGAACACUCGUUCAGCAGUGGCUAUGGAGCAUAUGUUCGCUCCUGUGAUUGAUGGCGCCAUCUCCACUCUGCUGGGAGUGCUCAUGCUUGCUGGUUCGGAGUUUGACUUCAUCAUGAGAUACUUUUUUGCAGUGCUGGCCAUACUCACAUUGUUGGGGAUCCUGAAUGGUUUGGUGCUACUUCCAGUACUGCUGUCCCUCAUGGGCCCUCCAGCUGAGGUUGUCCCUGCUAACAAUGCCAGUCAUCUGCAAAGUCCCUUCUCUGAGCCCAUGCCUCCACCUAUGAACCACCACGGGUACUAUGCUGGGCACAUCCCCAAGGGACCACGUCAGGCAUUCUCCGAAACCUCAGACUCUGAGUACUACUCUGAAACAACCACCACCUCUGGCAUCGGCGAGGAGGAGUACAAGUACUGUGACAGGACUGCAUACAUCACACCCCCAGCUCAGCCUCCCACCUCUCAUAUUCUGCUUGAAGCCAGCAAGAACCCCAGCUUCCCUACACUCACAGUGGUGAAACUUUUAAAUGAAAGUGGCUCUAGAGGACAGAUCAGUGAGUCUACCCAGAAUGCUGUCAACUCAGUCAGUUCGCAGAUCACACGAUGGGAUAACAAACACGAGUGCCAAGGGCCGAGGCAACAACAUUUACCUAGCGACAGGACACACUGUUCUGGCAGGACUACACAGUGUGGCCCAGGGCCACAACCAGGGAAAGGGCAGCAGCAAAACAGGACUACAGCCCCAACUCAUAGCACUGGGGCAUUGCAACGGCCCAACAAUUCCAUCACCAUGGUUACAGCCACAGCCUCAGUGACAGUGGCAGUGCACCCCAGUUUGCCGGGGUCAUACCAGGGUUACAUGCACAAGGGUUUUGAGGAUAAUGAGUUGGACUCUUUUGAGGACUCUAAGAGGACUACUCAAACUUAUGACAAAGCUGCAAAUUAUAAGAGUGACACUUUGGAACUUCAGGAUCUGGAAUCCACAGAGAAAAGCCAGCAUCAACCUAACCAGGUGCUAGGUGGUGCAUGGAUCCAAGCAGCCAAAGAUUACUAGACUGCUCCCAGCCCCCACAUCCCUUUGUCUGGAAUCUCUGGCUGUCUUGGGAAGUCCCCAGCCUGGUGUCUUUUGUCUCUUUGAACAGUACAUAGACCUUACACAGACAAGAGGAUUUAUUUUAAAAAUGAUUAAAAAUGUCUUCUUAGACAUAUAUAUUAAUACUAAAAGAGGGAAUCUAUUUUAAAAUAUGCUGUAUAACUUGUGUAUUCUCUUAUAUAAAAAUCAGAUGUAUAAGAGGAUUUGGAGGCCUUCUGGUUCCUUUGUAUAGAUUAUAAAAUGUGCUAUAUGUAAAAAGAAGUGAAAUGAUAUUAGAUUAUUGAAAUGUAAGGUCAGUGUUCUUUUUUUAUUUGCUGCUACACUUCAAAUUUAAGAUGUCUUGAAAAUAUGCAGUACCCCUUUCCCCAACAUAAGCCAAGAUAUACUGUAACUUUAGAUUAACAGGUUCUUAAACCACAGCCAAUAGGAAGCUUAUCUUUAUUGUUCAAAGAUGUUUAUUUAUCUUUAAUUGCACUGUACAAAAUCAAAACAAACAUAGCAGUUUUUCUCUAUCAGAAAUUUCCAUUGUUUUUCCAUUAUUUAUUUUACUGAAGCAACCAUUGUGCCUUCUUAACUUUUAAUCUUACAAAACUGAUCUUUCAAACUGUUCAUUAACUGUACUAUACUGUUCAGAAACAGAUUGUUCACUGAUAUGGACAGUUACAGAAAGGUUAUCAUCUGUUUUGUUAAUUUCAAAGUUGUUAGCGUGAAUUGCUUCACAUGUCUAGUAGAGUGUGCAGUGAACAGCAGGACUAUGGGUCUAAUGAUUUCUGUUACAUAAUUUUACUAUAUAAUUGUUUACAGUCUACAUUUACAUACUUGAAGGGGUGGUAGAAUAUCACUUUUGUUUUUGUUUUUCUUUAUGGUUAUUUUAACCAUACAUUGAGUGAGCUACAGUUUGUCACUAUAUGUCCCAGGAAACGUUUGGGAGAUAUCAGGCAAAUGUGUUGUUUACCCAAAUAUCAUUCAGAAAGGGAAUUUUGUGUAAGUGUGAAAG